AUGGCGGUGAGCACGUCACUCUCGAUUACAUACUCUUUCGCAUCAUGUAAGAGUAAAGCACAGUACGAUUGGCAUGGCGUCCGAGCGUCGCCGCCAUACACAUCUCUCGAGGGCGCUAAAUACAUCCCCUUAAGCGAACGUACGGGUAAGUUUCCGAGCUCGCUGCACAGCAAACCACCUGUCAAAAACGAAGAUCAACACAACAUGUACAAAAUCGACACUAUUCAGGCUCACUCCGUGGUCACGCAGAUCCGCGAGUGUCCAGCAGGAGAUGAGAGAAACCCUGAAGAAGAGCGGCCACCCUGA